AACCUAUUCAUUUAGUUGUAACUCGCGUAGUUAGAUUACAACACAACACAACAACGUUAUCCUCCAAGAGGUUAUGAAGCCCUCAUUAAGCUAACGAAAACCGCUGAAAUAACGUGCCAACUACGUCUCCACGUAUCGUUACGCGUGCCUAGAUGUUUUUUAUGAGUGAUUGAACCCAUGGUUAAUCUAAGAUCCGGGGGGACGCCUGACUUAACAAAAGAAUACGUGCCUCCAAGACGGAGAAACGAGAAAACGCCAGAGCAGCAAACGCAAGAUCACAGAUCACUGCCAACGCCAAUAACGAAUCAGAAGGCGGCUCCUGGGGCGUUUGAGCCGGACGACACGAUCGUGGAAGAACGAUCUGACGAGUCCAACAACGAAUACGAAGACCCGGUUGAAGGCAUCAGUGAGAUGUCAGGCAAUGCGGGGGGCCCAAGUGGCCAGAACAACAAUGGCUCUGUGAGUGAGGAGACUCGCAUGAGACUAGAAAUUGCAAGACUCCAGCAUGAAGUCGAGCGAAUGAAGGCAGGCAGGAGUGAAAAUGAAGAGCUCAGUGCAGAUUUGGUGAACUAUCUUCAACAGAAGGGUAGGACAUCUGCAUUGAUGAAGAUCCUUAAUGAAUUCAGGGAUCAAGUAAGGCCUAUAAAGAAGUCUGUUGUACUCACUGGCUCUGCAAAUUACCCUAUGUGA